AUGACCGAGAAGAAGGAAAUGGCUGCCUUUCGACAGUAUAUUCCUCCCCAGGAUGUCCAAAGAAGCGUCGAUCUCGCCCGAUGCGACACCUACGAGUGGGCCAAAAUCCGUUGCGCCGAGCCCUUCAUGAUCAACUGGAAGCGCAAAUGGGACGAGCUGUGCAACGAACCAUACAAGGGCAUCACCACCGACGGAAACGUCAUAUCGGGUCUGUAUAGACUGGCCAAUGGCUCCGAGGACCACGGAGCUCCCGUGGCCGCCAUGGUGACCGCCGCGGAGCGGAUACUUCAGACUGCCACCGCAGACGAAAAGGAACGGAUGUGCAGGGCUGUUGACGCACCCGAAUGGCGAAAAUGGGCAAACCCGGAGAUUUACGUCUUCAGACACGGUAUUCGACUGGAGGAGGUCUCGGAGGAGCUCGUCGCUGCUGUCUAUGGUUUGAUGAGAGAAAGCCUGUCGCCAGCUGGCUAUGCAAAGGCGUCCGGUUGUAUGGAUGUCAACGAGUUUCUUGGGGACGUCGUCAACGGCAAGGGUGUCCUAAAUAGAAACUCGUACAACUUUGUCAUUUUUGGUGUACCAUCGCUUGAAGAGCCUUGGGGAUGGCAACUGUUUGGUCACCAUCUCGAUUUGAACGUCUUCUGCGUAGGGUCUCAAAUGGUCAUUUCGCCAGUGUUCAUGGGUGCUGAACCUAAUGUCAUCGAUGAUGGGCCCAAGAAUGGCACCGAGCUGUUCACCGACCAAGAACGAUUGGGUAUGAGUCUCAUGCAGUUCAUCGACUCGGAGAACAUAGAGGGCGUGCGUAUAUUCAAUGGAUUGAGUGGUCCGGAGUACCCAGAGUGGCGAUUUCACCGUGCGGAUCAGCGACAUCUUGGGGGAGCCUUCCAGGACAACAGGGUGAUUCCAUACGAGGGUGUCAAAGUCACAACAUUUCCGGCAGCCCAACAAGAUCUGGUGAGACAGAUCCUUGUUCUUUGCCUCAAUUACCUCCCGGAAAAGGCACUAUCAGCCAAGAUGGAAGAGAUCUCGGCACAUUGGGAGGACACGUAUUUUUGCUGGAUUGGGGGAUGCGGUAGAGGUGAUGCAUUUUACUACAAGGUCCAUUCUCCAGUUGUCAUGAUCGAGUUUGAUCAUCAUAGUGGAGUCUUUCUGAACAACAAGGUCCCCUUGCCUUUUCAUAUUCACACUCUGGUGAGGACCCCAAACGGGAAUGACUAUGGCAAGGCGCUCUUGAAGCAAGUAUUGGAUGCGUGA